AUGUACGCGAGCAACAAGAGCUCCGCCGACAUGUCGCACGAGCAGCGGGUCCUGCAGAUCAUGGAAGCAAGGAAACGAGCGCGAGCUGCGAACGCUGAGGACGAGCGCAGGACGGCAUCGGCAGCGCUUUAUGAGGAGGAGAACAUGAGGGAUCCCAGCAAGUUCGAGAGGGUAGAGACCUUCUCGUCUUCGAGCUCAAGCUCAGGAUCUGAGGGCGAGUCAGAGAAGUGA